AUGCACAACUAUCCUUUCCGAAUAGUAAAAAGCUACGAAUACCGGCACUGUCGACACAGGGACACUAUGUUCCGACGGCACUGCGUUGUCGCCGAAGUCUUAAAAACCACUGACUGGGUUCUUUUCAUUGACGCAGACAUUGGUGUUAUAAAUCCGAACAGAUUGAUUGAAGAAUAUAUAGACACCAACUACGAUAUCACCUUCUACGACCGGUUUUGCAGUUGGGAAGUGGCAAUGGGCUCAUACAUUGUGAAAAACACGGACUUUUCAAGGAUUUUUCUAAUGAAUUUCGCCAAUUUUGAAACUCAUCUACCAGAUUCUUUCCAUGGAAGCGACAAUGGUGCUAUACACGCUUAUCUACUAGAAACGCUUGCGCCUGAAUCCCGAAGAGAAGCACAUGUCUGUUAUUCAAUCUGGCAUCAGUCCUCCAGCUUCGAUGACCUAUUUUUAUACGAAGCAUGCAUCCGCUCAGUUUUGGGAUCACAGCGAGAUUUCGGCAAAGUCCGGAUAGUGCGGAAGUUCCUUGCAACAAAAAGCAGUAAUUCUUCGAGGGUUACUUCUGAUCGCGUACAACAGCAAUUAGAGGAAGCUUUCCCGCAACAGACAACAAACUUUACAACGAAUACACAAUUUGACGAUUCGUUAGGUAAGUAAUA